UCAUCCUUUUUAACCCCCUCUCUCUAUCUACACACACUUUCUCUCUCUAAAAUAUAUUCUGUAUAUAUACAUGUAUAUACAUAUACGGCUCCAUAUAGAACGCGUGUACAUUCAGGAGACUACUUAUAUCCAUCCACGUACAACUUAAUUCCUAAAUCAAUUCCAACUUUCUUCUCAAAUCAGUAAACUGUGUGAUUCAUCGGUUCUCUGAGGGUUUAUAUCCAAAUUUCAUUCGUAAAAUCGUUAAUUACAGUCACCGAUGGAGGUUGGAGUCGCUAUUUCACCGGAGAACGGCGGAGUUGCCAUGGAGUUUCCGGCCGUUGACGGUGCCGGUCUAUCAUCGCCGCCAACUUUGCCGCCUAGGCUCCGCCGGAGACUCACGGAAACGAAGGCGUCUCCAUCAAGUGUUGAAGAAAUUGAAGCUAAGCUUCGUGAUGCAGAUCUUCGUCGACAGAAAUUCUAUGAGCAUCUAUCAAGCAAGGCGCGGCCAAAGCCCCGGAGUCCUCCACAAUCUGGUUACGACGAAGACCUCGGUCAACGUCUUCAGGCAAAGCUCCUGGCUGCUGAACAGAAAAGAUCAAGCAUUUUAGCGAAAGCUCAGUUGCGUCUAGCUAAGCUCGAUCAGUUAAGGCAAGCAGCCAGAACAGGGGUUGAAGUGCGUGUUAAGAAGGAAUGUGCAGAGCUAGGGACAAAAGUGGAAUUGCGCGUAAGGCAAGCAGAGACGAACAGAAUGAGAAUCUUGAAGGCCCACAGACAAAGACGUGCGACAUUAAGGGAGAGAUCAUCCCAGUCUCUUAUAAGAAGGAUUGCUCGAGAGACUAAGUAUAAAGAACGUGUCGGUGCUGCUAUAUCUCAAAAACGCGCAGCAGCUGAGAAGAAAAGAUUGGGAUUGUUAGAAGCUGACAUGGAAAAGGCACAUGCUCGACUUUUACAAGUAAGAAAAGUAGCCAAAUUCGUCUCUCAGCAGCGAGAGAUUGAAAGGAGGAGGUUACGAGAGAGUUUGGAAGAUAAGUUACAAAGGGCAAAGAGGCAGAGAGCAGAAUACUUGAUGCAGAGAGCAAAGCUACAUAAUUCUGUAGGGGCUAAUUGGUCAAAGAAAAUGCAGAAGCAAGCUGACGAUCUAUCUAGAAAACUAGCAAGGUGCUGGAGAAAAUUUCUUAAGAAAAAAACCACCUUUGAACUGGCCAAAAAUUACUCUGUUCUAAACAUUAAUGAGGAUAAUGUAAAAUUGAUGCCAUUUGAGCAGUUCGCACUCCUGAUUGGAACACCUUCUACACUUCAGACUACAAAAGCUUUACUGGACCGACUCGAAAUCCGUUACAAAGCUUUAACGAGUACUGCCAGUGGAAUCAAUUUCAAUACUCAGAACGACAUUGAUCACCUCCUUAAACGAGUUGCCUCACCUAAAAGAAGAACCCCCACCCGUACUAGACAGAUAAAGAAAGCAGGUCCCGCCAGAUCAGUCUCAAGGUCACCGGUCAAGCUGUCAAGGUACCAAGUCAGAGUAGUGCUAUGUGCGUACAUGAUUUUGGGUCAUCCUGAUGCGGUUUUUAGCGGUCAAGGAGAACGUGAGACCGCUUUAGCUGAGUCAGCUAAGAAGUUCGUCCACGAAUUUGAGUUGCUGAUAGAUAUAAUACUUCAGAAAACCGGAGAAGACUCGAGCCCUAAACACAUGUUUAGGUCACAGCUGGCAGCUUUUGAUUCGGCAUGGUGUGCGUUCCUGAAUAGUUUUGUUGUUUGGAAGGUUAAGGAUGCUGAGUCAUUAGAAGAGGAUCUGGUGCGGGCCGCUUGCCAGAUGGAAAUCUCGAUGAUGCAAAAAUGCAAGAUGACACCUGAAGGAGACAACGAUGCUGAUCUUACACAUGAUAUGAGAGCUAUUCAGAAACAGGUUACUGAGGAUCAGAAACUGUUGAGGGAAAGAGUAAUGCAUUUGAGUGGAGAUGCAGGGAUAGAGCGUAUGAAGAAUGCUCUUUCCGAUGCACGAAUAACGUACUUUAACGCAAUGGAGAAUGGCAGUCCAGUUAGUUCACAUAUUCCACAUAUACCACCGUCUUCAUCCUCGCUGGCAACCUCAACUGCUGACUCAGACAAAAGGAACAGAACUGAAGAGCCUAGCCGACGUGUAGUCCGUGCCCUAUUUAAAGAUGAUGAUUCCAAGACAACGGUGAAAGAUGAGAUGAUCAGCAUGGAGAACGAGUUAAUCGUAAAUGAAUUUGUUCAUGGGCAGCAUUAUUCAUCUGGUAACAGAUUCAAUGGUGCUGUUGAAGACCAAACAGCGGUCAAGGUGCGAGAGACGAUGGAAAAAGCUUUUUGGGAUGGGAUCACUGAUUCUAUACAAGACAAUUAUGAUCGUGUUGUUGAACUGAUGAAGGAAGUGAGGGAUGAACUUUGUGAAAUGGCUCCUCAAAGUUGGAGACAAGAGAUUAUGGAAACUAUUGAUGUCGUUAUUCUUUCUCAGCUGUUGAAUUCCGGGAGUUUAGACAUGGAGUACCUCGGGAAAAUUAUGGAGUUUUCAUUAGUGAGCCUGCAGAAGCUUUCGGCUCCAGCAAACGAGAUGAAUCUUAAGGAAGCUCACCAGAAAGUUUUAAGCGAACUCGCUGAUACAUGUCGAGCCAAUGAUUCUAACCAUUCACAUGCUAUAGCAUUGGUUAAGGGCUUACGCUUUGUCCUACAGCAGAUACAGGCGCUGAAGCAAGAAAUUAGUAACGCUCGUAUCAAGAUGAUGGAACCAUUACUGAAGGGGCCUGCUGGGUUAGAGUACCUAGGAAAAGCAUUUGCAAAGCGGUUCGGACCACCAUCUGAUGCAACGGCUCGUCUUCCAUUGACCAUGAGGUGGCUUUCGUCUCUUGGGUCCACCUAUGAUCAAGAUUGGAAUGACUACAAACAGGUUCUUUCACGCUUGCAAGACGGUUCACCGUCAGAGAAGCCCGUGCUUCCUUCCACCACUCUUAGAACUGGCGGAAGCAGCUUCUCUAGUGGAUUGCAAACUUUAACCCCCGCAUCUGUAACAGACACCGCCGAUAAUCAUCAAUACCCAGAGUGCAAGGGAGAAAAGCGUGAUUUGCUAGUGAGGCUCGGUUUGCUGAAACUCGUAAACGAUGUUUAUGGUGUGACCCAAGAAGAGGUGCCUGAAACGUUGAAGCUUAACUUUCUCAGGCUGAGGAUGGUUCAGGCUCAACUCCAGAAGAUUAUCGUCACUGCUACCAGCAUUCUAGUCCUUCGACAAACGCUUGUGGUGGAACAAAUGAUAACAAGCCCUGAAGAACUGGAAACCGCAAUACAAAAAUGCUCAACCGAACUUUUGCAACUAUUGGACACGGUGGAGAGUGCGGGACUUGAGGAGAUUGUCGAAGUUCUGAGCAAAACCGUAGAGGGCUUUGACAGAACCAAUGAUCCUACCAAAAACGAGUCGAGAAGACUUGUCAUGGCAAGAAUGCUGAGAAAAAGUGUACAAGCCGAGGACUCAGUUUUUGUGAAGGUAUCUCAGGCGGUAUAUAUGGCUACUAGAGGGGUUGUGCUUGGUGGCAGUGGGAAGCAUGGAAGACGGGUGGCAGAGAUGGCGCUCCGCCAAGUGGGGGCGGCUGUUCUCACGGAGAGGGUGGUGGAAGCCGGGGCGGUGUUGGGAGUGAUGGCGAGUGUGACCGAGGUUGUUCAUGGGGCGUGGUAUGAUCGGUUGAUUGAAAAUGUGUGACCGCCAUUCGACUAACUCUAGCUUGGUUUGUACAUAAAUGUGGGUUGUGUAGUGAUUUCCACAGAUAAUUUAUGUAGUGAUUUCCGUACAUGUAGUGGUAAAUAGCGUAAGGGUGUUAUGUAUAAAUUGGUCACCAAGUCUAUGUAUGUAAAGGGAAUGAAUGAAUGAAUGAUUGAAUAAAUGAAUAAAAGAUACUUUCUGGUUGA